AUGGGUAAUUUACCCCACGCUAGAGUCACUCCCCAAAAACCGUUUUCUUCCACGGGAAUCGAUUUUAGCGGCAAUCUGCUUAUUACCCUUAGCAAACACAGAGGAGCUAAAACUACCAAGGCUUACAUAUGUUUAUUGCUUUCUUGGCCGCUCUCCGUCGUCAGAAAUUUGUAUUCAGACAACGCGACAAACUUUGUUAAAGCUAACAAGGAGCUAUGGACACUUGCCCGGAAGUGCGCUAACCAGGAGUGUAUUGACUGGCAUUUUAUACCACCAUCCGCCCCCCACUUUGGAGGUAUAUGGGAAUCGGGAAUAAAAUCGGUGAAAGGUCAUUUGAUGCGUGUCAUCGGUUCGCAAAUACUCACCUACGAAGAAUUGUCCACCAUAUUAUGUCAAAUAGAGGCUGUGUUAAACUCUCGACCGCUCACACCUCUAUCUUCAGAUCCCAACGACUUUGAAGUUUCAACGCCCAGUCACUUUUUAACGGGGGCUCCGUUAGUCGCCGUACCAAACGACGAUGUUAACACUGAGAAAUUAAGUAAUCCAAAUCGCUGGAAACUAGUUCAGAGAAUUCACAACGACUUUUGGCGCCGAUGGAAGGCGGAGUAUUUGAAUACGUUACAAACUCGUCAAAAGUGGCUGCAAUCCUGUCAAGAACCCACAAUCGGCACUUUAGUUUUCUUGCUGUUUUGCAUUUUCACCGGUCGUUACUUUUGUCCGAAGAACAUUUUCCGCAUCACCAAGGGGUACCCCGAAGACGAACCCAGAAUACAAGGCAGCUCCGUGACACCGAGCGAAGUUGAUAGCGGUCUGCACAUUUAUUCGCAUUUCAUCGAAAACGCGAAGAUUGUUUUCCAAGUUGUCGAGUAA